UUUGUUAAACUUUAAAGCUUGUAUUACCUGUUAGAAAUUAAUAAUACAGAGCAUGGUUUAAAGAUCAUUGUGUUGUAUGCUCGAUGUCGUUUAGUCUACGCCUUCCACAUUAUAUUUAGUAUCCAAAAUGUAUUUAAUCAACAACACAUGAUCCUUUUUUAGAUCUCCCAUUAUGAUGAUCAUGCUUUUAUUCAUAUUAGUUAAAUUCAUUGCCAUUUGUUUUAUCUGCUUCAAGAGGCAGAAACAUAACGUUUUUCAUUCAAGAUGAAGUAUUUUUCUAUUGUUUUCAUUACUUCCUGUUCAUAUAUGAUAUCAUUUUUUAUUCUAUUCAAUGCACAAUAUAUGUUGCUCAAAAAAAUAACAAUGAGUAAAACAAAGUUUAUAUAUAUGUGGCGAGCGUGAGGUGGGGGAAGAUUACCCCGAUCGUCUAUAUUUUUAACUUAGGAAAAAGGAAACCAGCAACGCCACCCGGGAGAAGUCACUCAGGCUUUGUGCGUAAAAAGUGUUGGUUUUAUCCCCACAAAGCAGCAGCAAGUCAGAGUACGGUUCAGGGUGCCGAGACCUCAGCGUGGCAUAGUUCCGGGACAUAACGAGCCGACACGCCGUCCGACCUGCUAGCGCCUGCACAUAAACGCACGUUUAUUACGGUGCAGAUGGGAGUGUUGAUGCGCAAUAAACUGCAACAUAUCUGCGCGGUGGAACAAUUUGCGCAGCACCACAGAGAGUGCCGAGCGUCUGCAGAACCUGCAGCCAGGUAACCCUUAAAGGGUGAGGUGCGCACCAGUUGCCAGAGAGAGAGAGAGAGAGAGAGAGAGAGAGAGAGAGAGAGCAGAGCAGAUCUUCCGAUCCCUCCUUAUAUGGUAGGCAAUUAAAGGUGACAAUACCGCGAGUGGGCUGAGCUACUGGGGAAGCAGUCACCCUGCUACACAUACUUCCCUUUGUUCAGUGAAGGGAAGUCAUUUUAUCAGAUGAAUCCAGGUAUUUUAGCGGGACCUUUAAUUGGGUUUCUAUCAGAAUUGAUUAUUUCACAUCAUGGGACAGCAAUAAUUACUUGGCUUGGUGUUUUUUUCUUUGUAUUUUUUUUUUCUUUGCCUCAUGAGAUUUUCUUUUUCUUAUUCAGCUUCAGAGUUCUUGUCCUUUCAAUACAUCUUCUGAACAUUUUCUUGUGGUUCUGCAGUUUUUUAGUAUGGACUCUUAGGGCCGCUGUUGGCUAACCUGUGGAUGGCUAACAGUAGGUUUGCAGCAGCACCUCCCAUGUAACAUCGACAUAAUAAAGAAAGAGCACAGAGAGAAGGAGCGGACAGUUGAGUGAUGCAGCGAAUUUGAAACAAGACGUUGACAUUUGGGAGUUUAUCGAUUGUGGAAUUUACGGACUACUUUUUGACGUUUGAUAGUGCAAUUUUUAUGGGGUUUGUGAAUCCUACGGAUACAGUCUGGAUAGAACAAUGACGACGCAAGUACUGCUGAGUGUCUGUCUACUCUCCUUUGGAGCGGUGUUUGGGCAGGUCAGCUACACUAUUCCAGAGGAAAUGGCCAAAGGAUCUUCAGUAGGUAAUAUAGUACAGGGCUUAGGUUUACAAACCAAACGGCUGGUAUCUGGUAAAGCAAGAAUUUAUACCAGAGACAGUGAUGAGUUUAUCGAGCUGAAUAGAGAGAGGGGAGUCCUCCUCGUCAAAGAGAGAAUCGACAGAGAAGCGCUUUGCCGACGGACGACUCCGUGCGCUUUGCAUUUUCAGAUUAUUCUGGAGAAUCCUAUGGAAUUUUACAGUGUUAUAGUGCAGAUCACAGAUAUAAAUGAUAACGCACCAACCUUUGAAACAAAUGAGAUGAAAUUCAAAAUUAGCGAAUCAGCGGUAAUCGGGUCAAAAUUUGUUCUUGAACGGCCUGUCGAUCUCGAUGUUGGAAUAAAUGACUUAAAAAGCUAUGAAUUAAAACCAACGGAUAAUUUUGCUCUGAUUUUGCGCAAUAAUGCAGAUGGUAAUAAAAACGUUGAGAUUGUGCUGCAGAAGCCUUUAGACAGAGAGAAACAAGAGCAGAUAUCCCUUGUAUUAACGGCUGUAGAUGGAGGAGAGCCGCAGAUGUCGGGAACAAUGCUGAUUGUUAUUUCAGUUUUAGACGUCAAUGAUAAUGCUCCUGUUUUUACUCAGCCGACCUACAAGGCUUUAGUUACUGAGAACUCACCUGUAGGUACAGUUAUUGCCACUGUUUCAGCCUCGGAUGCAGAUCAGGGAUCUAACGGUAAAAUAACAUAUUCAAUCACGAAUACCUUAAACGAUAUAAGGAAAGUGUUUGAAGUAAAUGAAGAAAACGGCGAUGUUUCGUUAAUUGGAAAAAUUGAUUUUGAACAUUCGCAAAACCAUCAAAUUAAUUUGCUUGCGAGUGAUGAGGGGGGAUUAACAGAUUCAUGCAAAUUAAUUGUCGAAGUGCAAGACGUAAAUGACAACAAGCCUGAAAUUGACAUCAUGUCAAAGUCAACUGUUGUAUCAGAGGAUGCCAAACUUAAUACAGUCGUAACAAUGAUAAACAUCCAAGACAAGGACUCGGGAGAGAAUGGAAACGUAAAAUGCUUUGUAGAAGAAAAUGUACCAUUCACUUUAAAGACAUCAACUAAUAAUUUUUAUAGUUUAGUGACAGACAGUGAAUUAGACAGAGAGACAGCCUGCGAGUAUAAUAUAACUAUAACCUGCUCUGAUGAAGGAGUCCCCUCCCUCUCCAGCAGCGUCACUCUGACCUUACAGAUCUCUGAUGUUAACGAUAACGCGCCUGUCUUUGAGAGGACUUCAUAUGAGGCCUAUAUUGUAGAAAACAACACACCGGGUCUCUCUAUAUUCACAGUGAAAGCCAGAGAUGCUGACUGGAACCAGAACGCGCGUGUUUCUUACAUACUGGAGGAUUCUUCUGUUAACGGAGUGCCAGUCUCCUCGUAUGUGUCCGUUAGUGCUGAUAGUGGAGUCAUCCACGCAGUGCGCUCUUUUGACUACGAGCAGAUCAAAGAUUUCCAAUUCCGCGUCAAAGCACAAGACGGAGGCUCCCCUCCUCUCAGUAGCAACGUGACUGUGAAAGUGCUGAUCCAGGACAAGAACGACAACCCUCCUCAAGUUCUGUACCCGGUCCAGACUGGAGGCUCUCUGGUGGCUGAGAUGGUUCCUCGUUCAGCAGAUGUGGGCUAUCUGGUCACUAAAGUGGUGGCUGUUGAUGUGGACUCUGGACAGAAUGCCUGGCUCUCCUACAAACUGCAGAAAGCCACAGACAGGGCGCUGUUUGAAGUGGGCUUACAGAAUGGAGAAAUAAGAACUAUCCGCGGAGUCACUGAUAAAGAUGCAGUGAAACAAAGACUGACUGUGAUCGUGGAGGACAACGGGCAGCCCUCUCGUUCAGCUACAGUCAUUGUUACCGUGGCGGUGGCGGACAGCUUCCCUGAAGUGCUUUCUGAGUUCACUGACUAUACACAAGACAAGGAGUACAAUGACAACCUGACCUUCUACUUAGUGUUGGCUUUGGCUGUAGUUUCCUUCCUCUUCAUCACGUGUUUAGUGGUUAUUAUAUCAGUGAAGAUCUACAGAUGGAGGCAGUCUCGCGUCCUGUAUCACUCCAAUCUCCCUGUGAUUCCGUAUUAUCCACCACGUUACUCAGACACUUUGGGGACAGGGACUCUCCAACACGUGUACAACUACGAGGUGUGCAGGACGAAUGACUCCAGAAAGAGUGACUGUAAGUUCGGCACAGUCGGUAGUCAGAACGUGCUGAUAAUGGACCGCAGUUCUACAGGAACGAUGCAGCGGAUACAAAGUGAGAAGAACAUCCUGGAUGAACCAGACUCUCCUCUAGAGGUUUGAUUGUUUAUUUACCGUUUUUUUUAAUUCAUACUUUUUUGCAAAGAUUACAUGUCAGUGUAUUAUUUGAGUUACAAACAUUGCACAUAUUUUACAUGUUCAGCUGUGGGUCAAAGUUCCCUCAUACAUUUCAAAUACAUUUUAUGUGCAUUCUUUAA